AUGACAAAUAUUGAUUCAUCUUGCAUAGCAGUUGGCGAUAUUGAGUCAAUCGUGUACCUUUUCUUUACAUGUCUUAGAGCAGCGGCAAUCUGGAUAACUUCUCCUCUGAGACUUCGAUCAGCUUUGUUCACUUAUUCAAAUGCAAAAUCCUGCUGGGAGGAUCUUGCAAGCUUUCUAGGAAAGCAGCCGAAUAGUGUGGCUUUGUUACAAAUGGCAACCUUUAUCCUUUGGCAUUUAUGGAAUAAUAGGAAUUCAUUUAUUUUCAGAAAACACUACUUGGACGUGAAUGAGCUCUUAAGGAUGGUGAAAGUAAACUUUGAUGCUGCAGUUUGUCGGUCUAAAAGGAAAGGAUCCGUUGCAUCACUUGCUAGAGAUUCACAAGGAAGGGUUUUGGCAUGGCAUUAUAGAACGGUGAAUCAUAUUUAUGAUCUCUUGAUCCUUGAAUGCAUUGCUUGUAGGGAUGCUCUUCUUAUGGCUCUUCAUAGAGGUUUCAAGAACAUUAUGGUUGAAAGAGAUUCCUUGAUAGUGAUCCAAGCAGCUAAUGGUCACAUCUUUCCCUUGGUUAUUCAAGGGUUGAUCAAGGAUAUUGAGGAACUUGGUCUUUCUUUUAACUCAAUCUCCUUUACUUAUGCAUAA